CGUUCACCAAGCGGGCUGUGUGCUCGCACUAUAUAAUCUCUCCUUCCUUUCUUGAACUUAUACUCUACUACUCCCUUCGAAUGAGCCGGUGACAAGAGCAAUUGGGACUUCCUCAUCCCCCAUUACAGCAGCCCCUCCGUAUCUGCACCCACCCGUGGACCCUUCACACGACACCUCGACCAACCCGCAAAAUGGCCCAACCAGCGCCCUCCCAAAGCGUAGGACCUCUCUACCGCUCCGACAGCCAAAAGCCCACGGCCACAGUCUCUACAAAAUUGGAGCAUGACAAUGUGCAUAUUCUGCCGCAAACGCCGCAGCUGAUAGCACUGCUCACUAUGAUCCGCGACAAAGAGACGAACCGCGCCGACUUCAUCUUCUACUCCAACCGCAUCAUCCGCCUCCUCGUCGAAGAGGGCCUCAACCACCUCCCCGUCGUCUCCCAGACCGUGGUCACCCCGGUCCCGGGCCAGAAGUACGCUGGCGUGCGCUUUGAGGGCAAGAUCUGCGGCGUGAGCAUCAUGCGCGCCGGCGAGUCUAUGGAGCAGGGCCUGCGCGAUUGCUGUCGCUCCGUGCGCAUUGGGAAGAUCCUCAUCCAGCGGGACGAGGAGACGUCGCAGCCGAAGCUGUUUUAUGAUAAGCUACCAGAGGAUAUUGCGGAGAGGUGGUGCUUGCUGCUGGACCCGAUGCUGGCGACGGGCGGCAGUGCGCUGAUGGCGGUGGAGGUGCUGAUUAAGAGGGGUGUGCCGGAGGAUCACAUUCUGUUUUUGAAUCUGAUUGCGAGUCCGGAGGGGGCGGUGAGCUUUGCGCAGAGGUUUCCGAAGGUGAGGGUGGUGACGGCGUUUGUGGAUGGGGGGCUGAAUGAGAAGAAUUACAUCGUCCCGGGUCUGGGAGACUUUGGUGACAGGUUCUAUACCAUGUGAGGGGUUGCGGGAUUGAUCUGAAGAGAGCUUCUAGGGUUGUAUCAUCAAGGGCUGGUGUACGAGGCGAGGAAAUUGAUCGAAGGCCAUGAAGGCAUACGUAGCGUGCAUGGGGAGGUAUUGGGGUCGAAGCAUAUCCAGAACCAGAAUAGUCCUCAGGGCGGGAAGGCCUUCGAGGCGAUUGCAUACCAAUAGAAGACUCUUUCCAAAUAAAACCCAAUCUGAUUUUUCUGUGGUAUCCGUAAGCCACCAAACGCCUGCAGAGCCAACCAGCCGCCUAAUAAAGGCAUAGCAUCCCUCAUAAACGCCGACACGAAUAUCGUACACCACCAUUGAAAACCCCCUCACUCAUAGUCCCCUUCGGCAUCCAUCUCAUCAUCCACCACAAACCCAUCACCGCCAUCGUACUUGUCAUUCUCACCACCCUCAUCUUCCUCGUCAUCCCCAUCUCCACCCGUCGCAGCACCGCUCGGUCUCCGCGCCGGCCCACUCCCGC